AAAUGCAAACUUUGUACAUAACACCUGACGUUCUUGGGGAAUGGGGAAGAGUGGGAGAUGGAAUGAGGCUUUCGCUGAAUCUACAAGAUGUCUGAUAGCGAUGGUAGCAACUUCACCGAUGACGAGAGUUCCCACAGUAGUGAGGCAGAGGAGCAAGAAGAUAUUGAGGAGGAGGAAGAGCUUGCCAGUAGGGGCAGUGAGAAAGCAGAGGCAGAAGGUGAGAUAGAGGAAGCGGAAGAAGCUGAAGAGGAGGAGGAGGAAGAGGAGGAGGAGGAAGAGGAGGAAGAAGAGGAAGAGUAUGAUGAAGAAGAUGAUGACCGACCCAAGAAGAAGCCACGACAUGGAGGAUUCAUCUUGGAUGAAGCUGAUGUGGACGAUGAGUAUGAAGAUGAAGAUCAGUGGGAAGAUGGAGCUGAGGAUAUCCUUGAUAAAGAAGAAAUUGAAGCCUCCAACAUUGACAACUUGGUCCUUGAUGAAGAUCACUCCGGGGCAAGACGAUUGCUGAACCAUUGGAGAGACAAAAGAGAAGAGGAACUUGGUGAAUAUUAUAUGAAUAAAUAUGCCAAGCCAACUGCAGGAGAUCAUUUCUAUGGUGCAUCAGAUGAACUCUCAGACGACAUCACACAGCAGCAGUUACUGCCUGGUGUUAAAGAUCCUAACUUGUGGACUGUGAAAUGUAAGAUCGGUGAAGAACGAGCAACAGCUAUUUCACUGAUGAGGAAAUUUGUCGCCUAUCAGUUUACAGAUUCACCCAUCCAGAUCAAGUCUGUUGUUUCCCCUGAGCAUGUGAAGGGGUAUAUUUAUGUUGAGGCAUACAAACAGACUCAUGUCAAGCAGGCCAUUGAGGGUGUGGGGAACCUCCGGAUAGGGUACUGGAACCAACAGAUGGUUCCUAUCAAGGAAAUGACAGACGUGCUAAAGGUGGUGAAGGAGGUGACCAACCUGAAACCGAAAUCCUGGGUUCGUCUGAAAAGAGGUCUGUACAAGGAUGACAUUGCACAGGUGGACUAUGUUGAGCCAAGCCAGAACACCAUUUCUCUGAAACUGAUCCCAAGAAUUGACCAUGAGCGAAUCAAAGCUCGGAUGAGUUUGAAAGACUGGUUUGCUAAAAGGAAGAGAUUCAAGAGGCCACUUCAGCGAUUGUUUGAUGCAGAAAAAAUCAGAUCACUGGGUGGAGACGUUACCACAGAUGGAGACUUUCUUAUAUUUGAGGGCAAUCGCUACAGCAGGAAAGGAUUCUUGUUCAAAAGUUUUGCAAUGUCUGCAGUGAUUACUGAAGGAGUGAAGCCCACACUUUCUGAGCUUGAAAAAUUUGAGGAUCAACCAGAAGGCAUUGACCUGGAGGUUGUGACCGAAUCAACAGGCAAAGAAAGAGAACACAACUUGCAACCUGGAGAUAACGUAGAAGUUUGCGAAGGUGAAUUGAUAAACCUGCAGGGUAAAAUUUUGAGUGUGGAGGGCAACAAGAUCACAAUUUUACCCAAACACGAAGAUCUGAAGGAUCCUUUAGAGUUUCCAGCUCAUGAAUUGCGCAAAUACUUCAAAAUGGGAGACCAUGUGAAAGUGAUAGCAGGGCGAUAUGAGGGAGAUACGGGACUGAUUGUACGAGUGGAAGAGAACUUUGUCAUUCUUUUUUCGGAUCUAACCAUGCAUGAGCUGAAAGUGCUCCCAAGAGAUUUGCAACUAUGCUCAGAAACUGCAUCUGGAGUUGAUGCUGGAGGUCAGCAUGAGUGGGGUGAACUGGUCCAACUUGACCCACAGACUAUGGGAGUUAUUGUCCGGCUGGAGAGGGAGACAUUCCAGGUUCUUAAUAUGUAUGGAAAGGUCAUUACUGUACGGCAUCAAGCAAUAACUCGGAAAAAGGAUAACCGUUUUGCUGUGGCCCUGGAUUCUGAGCAAAAUAAUAUUCAUGUGAAAGAUAUUGUUAAAGUUAUUGAUGGACCACACUCGGGUCGUGAGGGUGAGAUCAGGCACUUGUAUCGUGGCUUUGCAUUUCUACAUUGCAAGAAAUUGGUGGAAAAUGGCGGUAUGUUUGUUUGUAAAACCCGACACUUGGUACUUGCUGGAGGUGCAAAGCCAAGGGAUGUAACAAAUUUCACAGUGAGUGGUUUUGCCCCAAUGAGCCCCCGGAUUAGCAGUCCAAUGCACCCCAGUGGUGGAGCCCCUCGAGGCGGGUUUGGAGCAGGGGGAAUGGGCCGUGGUCGAGGUCGUAGAGAUAAUGACCUGAUUGGACAAACGGUGCGCAUUUCACAAGGACCAUACAAAGGUUACAUAGGUGUGGUAAAGGAUGCGACAGAAUCCACAGCUCGUGUAGAACUUCAUUCCACCUGCCAGACCAUUUCUGUAGAUCGCCAGCGCCUCACUACAGUGGACUCAAAGAAGAAGGGUGGCUUGACAUCUGCUUACAGUCGUACUCCAAUGUAUGGUUCCCAGACCCCAAUGUAUGGCUCAGGAUCACGGACACCCAUGUAUGGCUCUCAGACACCUUUACAUGAUGGAAGUCGAACUCCACAUUACGGUUCACAAACGCCGGUUCAUGAUGGGAGCAGAACUCCAGGGCAAAGUGGGGCUUGGGAUCCAAACAAUCCCAACACACCCUCCAGGAAUGAUGAUGAGUACGAUUUCCCUUAUGAUGAUGAGCCCACCCCAUCUCCACAGGCCUAUGGUGGAACACCCAACCCACAAACUCCAGGUUACACAGACGUGCCAUCUCCACAAGUUAACCCCCAAUAUAACCCUCAAACACCCGGAACACCAGCAAUGUACAGCACAGACCAAUUUUCUCCAUAUGCGGCUCCAUCGCCUCAAGGAUCUUACCAGCCCAGCCCCAGUCCACAAAGCUAUCACCAGGUUGCACCAAGUCCUGUGGGCUACCAAAAUACUCACUCACCUGCCAGCUAUCACCCAACACCAUCACCAAUGGCGUACCAGGCAAGCCCAAGUCCAAGCCCUGUUGGUUAUAGUCCAAUGACACCUGGGGCUCCAUCUCCUGGUGCAUACAAUCCUCACACACCAGGUUCCAGCAUUGAUCAGGGGUCCAAUGACUGGGUAACAACUGACAUCAUGGUUAAAGUACGGGACACCCAUUUGGAUGCACAGAUCAUAGGACAAACUGGAGUGAUCCGCAGCGUGUCGGGUGGCCUUUGCUCCGUGUAUCUGUCUGACACUGACAAAGUAGUCAGCAUCUCGAGUGAACAUCUUGAACCUGUCACCCCUAUGAAAAGUGAUAAGGUGAAGGUGAUUCUAGGUGAAGAUCGGGAAGCCACAGGUAUGCUGCUCAGUAUUGAUGGUGAGGAUGGAAUUGUUCGAAUGGAACUGGAUGACCAGCUGAAGAUUCUCAACCUGAGGUUUCUUGGGAUCCUCAGUGAAGAAGGGGCAUUGAGUACAACACCUUCUGGCAAAGAUGUAUAUAGUCGAAAGUAAAAUUCUUUUCAGUGAAGUUUUUGUUCAGAUUUUUAGGUUUCCCUCUUGUGUUCUUGCUUUGAUAAUGUCUUGCUUAUUGUGGCCAGAUGUUAGCAGUGGUUUGUUAAAAGAUUGAAAACAGCAACAACCAAUUGUUUGAGCAAAAAACUAAAUGUGGAUUAAUUUUACUACAAAAAGCAAAGGUUUCUUUCCCCCCCCCCAAAAGUUGUUUGAUGCAAGAAAUGGAUUUUCGAUGCAUUUUGUAGGGAUUUUUUUAAUUUAAACACAACACAGAAUGAUUUGUGUGUAAACAGGUAACUGAGUCUGUACAUGUGAUGCUUGGAGGCAGUGAAAAUUUUUGUAGCAAUUGAAUAGCAAUCCUACGGGACGAUACUGAAGGCUAUUUUUAUAUUUAAAAAAUUGUACAGAUGUGAGAAGUCACAUGGAAGAAUAUACUGCUUUGACAAAAAUUACGGUAACCAUUUUAUAAAAAAGCAGUGUGUAAGUUUGUAUUAUUGGAAACUUUUUAAUUUGGCAUUUCUUCUGAAAGCUUUUGAAGGAUACUUUGAAAUUAAUUUAGUACAUAAUAUUCCAUCUUCACACUUCAAACACAAAUCUCCAAGUGCUUCAAAUCGCAUUAAGAAUGAGUUGUUCCAUGUAUCCACUUUCUUGACGUACUGUUUAUUAUUCCAGAUCCCCUUUGAUUGCAUUAAGUUUCAGUCAAGAUGACCAGUUUAAAAAAUUGUACCAUAGUUAGCCAGAAUGUAUUUAAGGACAGUGAGGCACUGAAUGAUCAGAAUUGGACUUAUUAAACUAACUUGAAACUGAGAAUGUACAUCAGUUAGAUUUGAAUCCUCUACUUUUCAGUCUUUACAUGAGUCAAAGGCAAAGGGCUGGAAAUUUUUCUUUGUUGAUUCUGUUGUUUCUUUUGCUUUUCUCUCGUUAUGCUGGAGACUUGCGGUAUGUUAAGAGUGAAUGACGUGCAGUGACAGUGAUCUGAAACCAUCAGCCUCACCACAUGUUAUGCACUGGAUGGACAUUCUCUUGCCCACAAAUCUUAGAAUGUAGGAGUGGUGUUAUUUUGAAGAUUCCUUGUUUCUAAGGCGAGUGCAGAAUUUUCAGGUGUGUUAAGUUUCACUCAGGUGCCUAUUUUCACCCACAAAAUGGAUUUUUUUUCUCCAUCAAGCUGUCUCCCAUUUCCCCCCUCCCUGAAUAGUGGGCAGCAAGUGUGUGAGCCCCAUGAUCACUGUCUUUGUACAAUCUCCAUCACCCCAGAGGCUGAGGAACUGAUUAGAGCCUUCUGCUUUGUAUAGGUCAGCCAACUCAGCUCCUACGCUGGCAUUGCCUGUGUCAUUUGACCCUAUUUCUGCAAUAUCUUGAGGGCCACAAUUUGUGGAAUCCUGCUAAAGAUUCAGCAGAACAAGAAAGAUAUUCUGAUUUUCCAUCAUUGUCAUGUUGGGUUACCAGACACUCUGUAUACUUUAUCAUUUGAUGCUGCCGAGCAUUGCAGGAGAAACGUACAUGGCCCAGAUAUCACAUUUAAUGCAAAUUGCUUAACCAGCAACAUUCAGUGUUUAACUAAAAGUUAAGAUGCAAAGGCACAAGAAAGGAUGGGAUGGGGUGAUGUGAUUAUAUCACAUAGGCAGUGAGCAUCAUUGGAAUCUUGGAGAGGAUGGCUAUUGCUGGGCAACUUGGGAUGCUCCAAAGCUGCACAAAGCGUCACUGACACACAAUGUAUACAUAACUGGCAUUGCGUACUAUGCAGGAGUCCUGCACUCAAAUUGGAAGAAGUAUGAAUGGAUUUUGAAUUUUGUACACAAAGUCAUGAAGUUUCUGAAUUUACCAAAAAGAAUCUGGCUGACUAGUUUCAUAAAAACACUGAACCUACUUGAGAUUUCUUAAUCUAUCGUAUUUGUAAAAUUUCUGGAGCAAUGAUUUAUAAGAACGGAUUUAUUCACUCUGUUGUCAAUUGGGAAAAAAAUCAAUUAUAAAUUGGCUGGUUCAAACUCAAUGUCAGUCAAACAUUCAGCAUCAUGAGAACAAGAUUUAAAAUAAUUGCCCCAAGUAUCAGAGGACUGCUGACAUUGUUUAAGCCUAAUAAUAAUGCCCAAAUAUUAAAUAAGAAUAUGAUUAAAUAUAAUAAAUGUUGAGCAUAGCUGAGAGAGAAUACAUUUUUUGUCUUACACUCAUCAAGACAAAUUCCAAAAUACCAAAAGAGAAACCAACAUUAAUAUUUUGUGAGAGGAAGGUACUGAUUGUUUGGCAAGCGGAUUGUGAUCGAUAUAUAUUUCAAUAUGUGCGAGUGUUCUGUACUGCAGAACUUACUGACAAUCCUAAAUUGGUCAUCAGGGUAAAUUUUUGCACACUUAAGAGAAUGUAGCAAAUGUUUUCUAUUGUAGAAGCAUUUCUAAUGUCGGACAGUGUGCUGUGAGUUUGCAUGCACAGAGUAGGUUUGUGAAUUAUGCCGACAACCAAUUUAUAUUAUCACUCUGGCUCACAGUAUGGUGCAUUUGCAUGUACAGGUUACUGGAAUAAUCAUAUGCAUUAUUAUAUAGGAUCCUAUCCUUUGUCAUGGAAAAAACAUAAUGUGCCUGAUUUAACUCAACAAGUGUGACAGCCUUUCUCUGGUUUAUUAGGGCAAAACUUUGAUCAGUCCAAGUCAGCUAUCUUGUUUAAAAUUGAAUCAAAGCUUGGCAGCUAACAGUCAGUCAUAAUUAACAGGUUAUUAAUCUAGACUCUGCACACUGAGGGUUAUCUAUACAUUCUCCAUGGCAAUGUCUCUACCAGUCAGAAUGCACUUACCAACCAAUCAGCACUUUCUUUAUAAAGUAAAAAUGUUGGUUUGCCUUUACUUCGGUACAUUUUGUAAAUUCUCAUGUGUGCAAAAUCAUAGGCUUCAACAAAAUGUCUUUUUUCAACAAUCCUCAAGUUCUCUACUAUACAACAAAGAUCUUAAACAUGGAGCAGAUGUUUUCCAUCUUGGACUAAUAUGUUGGUUUGAAGUAUACUUGUGAAAUUAGACCCGCUGCAAAUGUUCAGUCCUGUUCUAUACAAGAAAAAGAGAAUGUUUAAGAUGUUGUUAUUUCACAAUGGCCACUGCUAAGAUCUGCUUCCACUAUCUAGUUUGCUGAAUGUCUCCUCCUUAUGUAAAGUGUAUUUCUGUGGUUUGGGAAUAUCACUGUAUGGCCAAUAUUUGAGCUUAUAAACCUAUUUUUGUUUGAAUGGAGUAAAUAAAAAGACUUGCAGAUCUUAAAAA